AUCUUACAACUUUUGAUAAGUCUUCAGAGCAAGUCCUGUGAUAUUUUUUAUUGUAAUAUAUAAACUAGGUUGCUAAAAAAUGAAGAAAAUGGUCCAAUUUGGCGUUAUUGCCAGGAACUUCUCGAAUUCCUCGGCUAUGCAAAGUGCAAUUAAAAAUAUUACAGUUAUCGGCGGAGGGUUAAUGGGUUCCGGUAUCGCCCAGGUCUCUGCUCAAGCUGGUCAGAAUGUUACCCUAGUAGAUCUUAGCCCAGAAGUACUAGCCAAGUCCCAGAAGUCCAUUGGUGCCAACCUUGGCAGGGUUGCCAAGAAGGUGUACAAGGACAAGCCUCAAGAUGGAGAGAAGUUUGUGGCCGAGUCCAUGGCCAGGAUCAAGACCAGCACGGACCCUGCAGCAGCUGCCAAGUCCGCAGACCUGGUUGUUGAGGCCAUUGUUGAAAAUAUGGGCGUCAAACACAAGUUGUUUAAACAACUUGACGCGGUAGCUCCCGAGCACACCAUCUUUGCAUCCAACACAUCAUCGUUAUCAAUCAAUGAGAUUUGCUCUGUUGUAAAGAGGAAAGACAGGUUCGGUGGUCUUCACUUCUUCAACCCGGUACCCGUGAUGCGACUUCUCGAAGUGGUAAGAGGAGCUGAGACUUCCGACGCUACUUACAAGACCAUGAUGGAGUGGGGCAAGGCUGUCGGCAAGACCUGCAUCACCUGCAAGGACACGCCCGGGUUCGUGGUCAACAGGCUGCUGGUGCCAUACAUCUGUGAGGCUAUCAGACUGUACGAAAGAGGCGAUGCCUCAGCCCGCGACAUCGACACGGCGAUGAAGCUGGGAGCCGGCUACCCGAUGGGCCCGCUGGAGCUAGCUGACUACGUCGGCCUGGACACCAACAAGUUCAUCCUGGACGGCUGGCACAACAAGUACCCCGACCAGCCCCUCUUCAAGCCCAUCCCUCUGCUCAACAAACUCGUGUCUGAAGGAAAACUCGGAGUCAAGGCAGGAGAAGGAUUCUACAAGUAUGAGAAGAAAUAAAAAAAUCUAAAGAGGUCAAUUACAAGUGAUGUUUGUUUAAUGUUGAAUCAGAAUCAUGUAAGGAAAACUAUUAUUAUAUCGAAGUUAUACAAUUAAAAUGUAUUAUUUUCUA